GGAGGUGUGCUGGCUGGUGAUGUUACAGAUGUGUUGCUGUUGGAUGUGACCCCAUUGUCUCUGGGAAUUGAGACACUGGGUGGUGUCUUCACCAAGCUAAUCAACAGAAAUACUACUAUCCCGACCAAGAAAAGCCAGGUUUUCUCCACGGCUGCUGAUGGCCAGACUCAGGUGGAGAUCAAAGUUUUCCAGGGAGAGCGAGAGAUGGCUGCAAACAACAAACUGUUGGGACAGUUUACGCUG